AUGAUAUCGGUCAAAGAUUACAACGAGAUGCAAUACCGACCCUUGUCCCUAACGCUGCACGGUCACGUAUUUCAUGAGGCAUACAUCGUUCCAAUUGUUAAAUUCUUCAUUAUUGCACAUAUACGUAUUUCCACCAUACAUGCUUAUAUACUCCUCUUCCUCGUUAUCAUCCAUUAUCCUCGAACAUGCUUGCAACACAAUCCUCAAACAUCUCUACUGUGUUGUGGCUUAACACAAUCUCCCAAUAUCUCGAAGUUGAAAAAGGAUCGGUCAUCUUCCCAGGCAGUGGACAUUAUGGAGCUGUUGUUCUGUGAUAAAGAGAUCGAUGGAACCAUUGACUUUAGACACGUCGAGGAAUUGGGAGGAUCUUUUCCCUUUUCCCCACCGCUGCCUACAAACACCAAAUAUACUACCACGAAUAUUACUGCGUCGUCGAGAGAAAGCACGACAGGAGAGAUAUGCUAUGGAAGAUAUGACUGGACAGAUACCAUAACUUCCUCCAAACUCCCUGCAUUGAAUUUGGCACAGAACAAGCCAUAG